CAGCGUCUGUACACCGGUCCGUGCCCCUCGAGUAAAUGCGAUGCUUUUCUCUGCCGAAGCGGACCAUGGUGAUCAUCAACUCGGUGCUCAAACUCCUCCAGCGGCAGACCUACACCUGUCUGUCCCACCGCUACGGGCUUUACCUCUGCUUCGGCGGGAUCGUUCUGAUGAUCGUGUCUGCCUUCCAGUUUGGAGAGGUGGUGGUGGAGUGGAGUCGGGACCAGUACCAUGUGUUGUUUGACUCGUAUAGAGACAAUGUGGGUGGCAAGUCUUUCCAAAGCAGGCUUUGCCUACCCAUGCCCAUCGAUGUGGUAUACACCUGGGUGAACGGCACGGACACAGCCCUGCUGAAGGAACUGAAGGCCGUCAGAGAACAACUGGAGGAGGAGCAGAGAGCUAUGAGGGAACGUCUGGGGAAAAAUGUGAAUGAUACAACUGAAGUGCCAAAAGACAGCGUCAAGCCAGAAUGCCUGCUGUCCCACUGUAUCAUAGCGCCCAUGUUAGCGCUGGACCCAGCUCUACCGGCCAACGUGACGCUGAAGGAGCUGCCAUCACUCUUUCCCGCCUUCUCCACAGCCAAGGAGCUGCUACUGGUGACCAAACCCUUCCAGCCCUCCACCACCAUCUCUGUGGUCAUCUACCAUUCCCAGUCUGACGCUGAUAAUGCGUACAAAGAUGUGUCUAGAGAAGACCUGAAACGCUCUGUUUCCAGAUGUUACCUGACGGCUGACAAGGAGGCUCCAGGCCUGGUGCGGAUGCAGACGCUGGCCUAUCUGAGCGGCUUCCCAGCAUCCUUCAAGGAGACGGAGCAACUCAGGGUCAAGCUGCCAUCUGUCAUCACCAGUAAGAUCAAACAGUUUGAAUUGUACUCUGAGGCGAGCAUCGCCCUGCUCCACCUGAAAGGCCCACAGGACUUCACUGACCUGACUCAGCAGGCCAAAAAGAACCUGACCCUCGAUGGGAAAGAGCUGACCAUCAGCCCUGCAUACCUCUUCUGGGACCUCACUGCCAUCUCUCAGUCCAAACAAGAUGAGGACAUUUCGGCCAGUCGAUUUGAGGACAAUGAGGAGCUCCGCUAUUCUCUGCGCUCGGUGGAGAGACACGCCCCCUGGGUGCGACAUAUCUUUAUCGUCACCAAUGGACAGAUCCCCUCCUGGCUCAACCUGGAUAACUCCCGCGUCACUGUUGUCACACAUCAGGACAUUUUCCUGAACCAGAGCCACCUGCCAACCUUCAGCUCUCCUGCCAUAGAGACUCACAUUCACCGCAUCCCAGGCCUCUCCCAAAAGUUCAUCUACCUCAACGACGAUGUGAUGUUUGGCAAGGAUGUCUGGCCAGAUGAUUUCUUCAGCCACUCCAAGGGACAGAAGGUGUACCUCACCUGGCCUGUUCCCAACUGUGCCGAUGGCUGCCCAGGAUCCUGGAUCAAAGAUGGCUACUGUGACAAAGCCUGCAACAACUCUGCCUGUGACUGGGAUGGAGGAGACUGCCUGGGUGCAGGGGCAAACGGCCGGUUUGCAGCUGGGGUAGGCGUAGGUGGGGCAGGUGGCGGUGGUGGACAACCCUGGCAGUUUGCAGGUGGUUUAGGUGGUCUGGGAGGUGUAUCAUACUGCAACCAAGGCUGUGCCAACUCAUGGCUGGCAGACAAGUUUUGUGACCAAGCUUGCAACGUGCUUUCAUGUGGCUUUGACGUUGGAGACUGUGGCCAAGAACACUUUGACCAGCUGCACCGUAUGACCCUACUGAGGAACCAGAGCCUGUAUACCCUCCCGCUAGGGGAGCUCAGGCCCUAUUUCAGUUUCGACAAAUUGGCUCGUAGGGUGUUGGAGGCCCAGGUUGGUGACAACCCAGUGAUGCGUCACACCUCCGUGGCCAACAAGUGGAAGACAAUUCACCUACUGCUCAACCCAGGUCACAAUGCCACCCAAAUCCACUACAACCUCACCUUCCAGGCAGAGGAUGACACAGAGUUCACAUUCAGCUUCACUGUGGCUGUAGACACCCGUGAGAUUCCUCAUGCUAACGUGUCCCAGACUACCAGCAAAGACAGCAACAAAGAGCCAAAGCCCACGCCCACGCAAGAGCCACAAUUCCCUUUCUCAGAUAUUCCUGAAGACAAAAGGGGUCCUAAGAUCCAAAGGAAUCCCGCUGUGGAGACUGAGGUGGUUGUAGAAGUGCCUGUGGUGAAUGUGUCACUUUUGCCAACAGUGGUGCGGGAUGAGCUUCAGAGACUUGAGGAGAAGCUUCUGAUCGGCGACAUUACUCUGAAGGGUUAUAACCUCACUAAAGCUGCACUGCUGGGGCCUUACAGGACACUGGCUCAGUCUCUGCCGAACAAGCGAGGCAUGGAUUCAGAGCCCCCAAAGGAAGGUGGGGCCAAAGCCCUGGGUAAGCCAUACAAAGACUUGGAAGCAGAGCGGUUUGGGGCAAACCCGCCUGAAGAGGCCAAACUUGCCUCACAAGAGGCCCUCGCACAACAAAACAGGGAUAAUCAAAAGUCAAAUGAAGAAACAUCCAGGAAACUUGCGGUGGGGCAAGACCAGCUUAAACCCCCUAUUACUCUUGUUCCAAUCCACAUUGACGAUGAGCCUGCCAGACACACAGGAGGUCGCCCCACAUCUUCCAAACUUCACAGUGUGGGUGUCAUGGCUGAGAAACCUCUGUCCUUCAAGUUACUAAGCACACUGGUAGGCAGCAUUUCCAAAGUCAAGGGCCAAGACCGCAGCAACAGAGAGCAGGCCAAAGCAGUAGUGGGGGCGAGGGGCAUGGUGGGCCGAAGACUCCAACACUUCAUCUCCACAGACAGAGGGUUUCUGCCCUGGGAAAGGAGAAAAUACUUCCAGGACUUGCUUGAGGAAGAGGAACGUCUGCAGAAAGAGCUGAUGUAUGUUGCUGACAGUGCUGCCGCUGGCCGGAGGCUGUGGGACACUUUUGCUGACUCACUGCGUUACGUGAACAAGCUCUUGAAUGGCCAGUUUGGCUUUACUUCCCGUAAAGUGCCGGCACACAUGCCCCACAUGAUCGACCGGCUCAUCAUGCAGGAGCUACAGGACAUAUUCCCGAAAGAGUUUGACAAGACAUCGGCCCACCGCGUGCGGCAUUCUGAGGACAUGCAGUUUGCUUUCUCCUACUUCUACUUCCUCAUGAGCGCCUUGCAGCAUCUCAGCGUUUCCCAGGUGUUUGACGAGAUCGACACCGACCACUCCGGCGUCCUUUCCGACCGUGAGAUUCGCACGCUGGCCACAAGGAUCCAUGAGCUGCCCCUCAGUCUCCAGGACCUGACGGGCCUGGAGCAGACAUUGAUCAACUGCUCCAAGACACUGCCCACCAAUCUGACCCAGCUCCAUCUGGUCAAUCCCACUCAGGAGGCCUACUAUGACCCCAGCAUGCCUCCAGUGACAAAAGGCCUCGUCCUCCACUGUAAGCCCAUCACAGAACGCAUUCACAAGGCCUUCAGAGAUCAAAACAAGUACAAGUUUGAGAUCAUGGGGGAGGAGGAGAUCGCUUUCAAGAUGGUGCGGACCAAUGUGUCCCAUGUGGUUGGCCAGUUAGAUGACAUCAGGAAGAACCCAAGGAAGUUCAUCUGCCUGAAUGACAACAUUGACCACAGUCACAAAGAUGCUGCGACAGUGAAGGCUGUGCUGAGGGACUUUUAUGAGUCCAUGUUCCCCCUGCCUUCCCAGUUUGAGUUACCCAGAGAAUACCGCAACAGGUUCUUGCACAUGGAAGAGCUCCAGGAAUGGCGGGUGUAUCGGGACAAGCUCAAGUUCUGGACUCACUGCGUCCUUGUGACACUUGUGAUUUUCACUGUCAUCUCCUUCUUUGCAGAACAGCUAAUCCUGCUGAAGCGCAAGCUGUUCCCCAGACGCCGGGUCAGCAAGGAGAAUAACCCCGAACGGGUGUGAAGAAACAGGAAAAGCUCCUUUUCCUCUCCUUUCUGCACCUCCACCACUGCCA